ACUACUCAUACGGCUGCUGGGUAGACUGUGGAUACCACAAGCCGAUAACGUUGCGUGACGGGACCCCGCAAUUGAUAGUUCGAAAGCUGUUAAAGCUUCCACGGAGACCUCAAUAUGCAUGCUUUCAAAAAGAUCCCCCGCCCCCCGAACAUUCAACUCGGGAGAAGCUACGAGAAAAUGAUGCAGGCAACGACACCGCUGCUUGGUCGCCGCCUGCCGAAACAGAUUCAGAGGGUUCUGCCAGUAUGCCUCGUGUGCAUACUAGUCGUCCUGUUCCUCUCGAACGCUGAUACUUUCAGCUCGUCCCCUGGGGUCGCCGACGUGUUGAAGCGCGAGUUCUCCUACCAAUCGAUUCUAUCAUCGGGCACCAAGUUCCCGAAGAAGAUAUGGCAGACGUGGAAGGUUGAUCCUCUAGAAUUCGAGGAGAGAGACUUGUCGUGCGCCAAGACCUGGACAUCGAAGAACCCAGGCUACAGAUACGAGGUUUUGACAGACAGCAACGACAUGUACUAUGUUGAGACCCAUUUUGGUCCUAACGGCUUCAACCGACUCGACAUAGUGUACAUGUACCGAUCACUCACUGCCAAGAUUAUCAAGGCAGACCUUUUGCGGUAUCUGGUGAUGUACGUGGAAGGAGGAGUCUAUACCGACAUUGACGUUGAGGCGAUCAGACCUAUAGAGAGAUUCAUCCCAGAUAGGUACAAUGAGAAGGAUGUCGAUAUGGUAGUCGGCGUCGAGAUCGACCAGCCCAAUUUCAGAGACCAUCCCAUCCUCGGCAAGAAGUCGGAAUCUUUCUGCCAGUGGACAUUCAUGUGCAAACCGAGACUUCCAGUCAUGCUGAGACUGAUCGACAACAUCAUCAAGUGGCUCAACGAAGUUGCAAAGAAGCAAAAUGUACCAAUCUCGGAGAUUGUGCUCGACUUCGACGAUGUGAUAAGCGGCACAGGUCCCUCAGCAUUUACUGAGGCAAUUUUAGCAGAAAUGAGCAAACGCGAGGGAAAGACUAUAACCUGGCAGACCUUUCAUGACAUUUCCGAAUCUAAGCUCGUUGGCGGCGUGCUGGUUCUCACUGUUGAAGCGUUCGCCGCAGGUCAAGGCCACUCAGACUCUGGAAACCAUGAGGCCAGGACAGCCCUGGUCAGGCAUCGCUAUCAUGCCUCUGGGUGGCCCACCAACCAUCCGCGGUACAACCACCCGGUGUACGGUGAGGUGGAGAAGUGUAACUGGGAGGUAGAGUGUGUGAGGCAAUGGGACGAGAACAAGGCGGCUUUCGACGCCCUCUCUCCGGAAGAGCAAGCAAAGAAAAUCGCGGAGAAGGAAGCGGCGGACAGGGAAGCAGCCAUGGCAGAAGAACUUGCACUUGAGACUGCCAAUGAGCCCGUCCUUGAUCCCGCAGCCCUUGAUCCCCCCGCCCUUGAUCCCAACUUCAAGCUCAUAGGGUGAAAGAGGAAAUGAUAGGUUAAAAAAGUGCAAGAGGUAGAAGGGGAGACGAGGGGUGGAAGGCCACCGGUCGUAGAUGGAAACGUUUUCUUUAUGGUAUAGGUACAUAUUGGAACCAUGGGUCUGGGAUCAUAGUUUAAUAAGUUGCGGAGUGAAGGGAUCCCGCGACUGGAACCGUGUCUGGGUCGGAGAAGACCUGCUCGUCGUGAAUCCAUAUUCACAUUUCGGCGUCAAAUAGAUGGUAAUCGGUGGGGACUAAGACGUCUCGUACGAGCUUAUGCAUAUACAGAAAAUUUAUAUGUGUAU